GCGCGAUAUGGAAAGACUUAAAUUGAAAGUCACCGCCAGAUUGGAAUUCAGACAGUGUUUAGUUCUGUGACAGUCAACACAAAAAAAUAAAAUCUAACCCACAAUGCCCGUCUCCGAGCAAUUCAAUGCCGCCGCCGAGAAGGUGAAGAGCCUGACGAAGCGUCCCAGCGACGACGAGUUCCUGGAGCUCUAUGCCCUGUUCAAGCAGGCCAGCGUUGGCGACAACGACACCGCCAAGCCGGGACUCCUGGACCUGAAGGGCAAGGCCAAGUGGGAGGCCUGGAACAAGCAGAAGGGCAAGAGCAGCGAGGCCGCCCAGCAGGAGUACAUCACCUUCGUGGAGGGACUGGUGGCCAAGUACGCCUAGAAUCCAGAAGCAACCAUCAAUAAGCGAUCUUCAACCAGCUAGAGACUAUAAACACUUACUUUACCUUUAAAGCGGAAUAAACUUUGUAUGUUAAUUUUGUACUGAAA